GGAACGGACCCUGAGUUUCGUCUCUGUGGCGUGUGCGCGCCGCACCGGACGGGGCUCCUCAGGUCUCCGUACUUGUGGCGUUUAAAGGUGUUUACUUCUGUAACAAAAUGGUUUCUUCUGACAGAGAGUAGAAGGAUGAGAAGAUGAACGCUGUCGUCUGCAGAUUUACACCCUUAGUCUAAGGAAAUGGCGCACUCCGACCGGCAUCAGGACUCCAGGGUGGUCCUUCUGGGGAAUGUAGGUGCAGGCAAGAGUGAAUCAGGCAACACGCUGCUUGGCUCAUCUCGCUUUUUGUCUAGGCUUAGCGCUUCUGCGGUCACCCAGCAGUGUGAGGCCCAGACUGUGACCUUGGGAGGAAAGCGGAUCAUGGUGGUGGACACUCCAGGACUGACUGCAGAAAUGGACUCAAACACAGCUAAGAAGAAACUGCUCCAGUGCCUCCAGCUCUCAGACCCAGGGCCCCAUGUUUUCCUUCUGGUGAUCCCCGUGGGCCGAUUCACCCAGGAUGAGAGGGACACAGUGGACAGAGUGAUCGAAGUGUUUGGGCAGAAGCUCUACAUGUUCACCAUUAUCCUCUUCACUUUUAAAGACAUCUUAAAAAAUGCCUCAAUUGAGGAGUAUAUCAGCACUGCCGGGGACAGUCUUCAGCAGCUGGUUCAGAAGUGUAGCAGCAGGUACCACUCCUUCAACAACGAAAAUCCUGGUGAAAAGGGUCAAGUGAGACAACUUAUAGCAAAGAUAGACAAACUAGUAGCAGCCAAUGGUGGUAGAUGGUACACCAACACAGACGAUGAGAUGGAAGAUCUUGAAAGAAGACUGAAACAUCAACAUUUAGGUGGAGGAAGCUUGACCUCCAAAAUGAGUCUCUUUGGGGAGCCUGACAGAGGGAAACUUGAAAGCGCCCAAAAGGAGAGAGUAAAGAUCACCAAGACACAUUUAGAGUCCAUAUUCCAGGAACUGGAGCACAAAGUCAUCUCCCUGGUGAAGAAUCAGCUGAAGAGGUUCAAGAAUGUACUGAGUCCAGAUUUCCCAGCAUGCUCUGAGAGGGAGGUGGAGGGUGAGGUGAAUCAGAGUGUCAGAGAAGGAACACUGCAGAUUGCACUGCACGUCCUGAGGAACAUGAACCAAACAGACCUCGCCAACACACUACAAUCCAGGAACACACUACAAACUAAGGAAGAGCUGGACGAGUUUGACCUGACAAAAUAUGGCCGAUCAGAGGAAUGUCUUCUGAGGCUUCUGCCAGUUGUUACAGCAUCCAGAAAAGCUAAGCUGUGUGGUUGUAAACUCUCAAAGAGAAGCUGUGCAGCUCUGGCCUCAGCUCUCAGCUCAACUACCUCUAGUCUGAGAGAACUGGACCUCAGUUUGAAUGAUCUGAAUGAUUCAGGAGUGAAGCUGCUCUCUGCUGGACUGGAGAAUCCACACUGUAAACUGGAGAUCUUGAGGAUACAUCACUGCAGUUUUAAAGAGAAAGGUUGUAUAGCUCUGGUUAAAGCUCUGAAAUCAAACCCCUCACACUUGAGAGAGCUGGAUCUGGAUGACAAUGAACCAGGAGAGUCAGGAGUGAAGAUGCUUUCUGCUCUGCUAGAGGAUCCACAUUGUAAACUGGAGAAACUACAAUUACGUCACUGCGGUAUUACAGAGAAAGGCUGUAAAGCUCUGGUUAAAGCUUUGAAAUCAAACCCCUCACACUUGAGAGAGCUGGAUCUGGAUUGGAAUAAACCAAAAGAGUCAGGAGUGAAGAUGCUUUCUGCUCUACUAGAGGAUCCACACUGUAAACUGGAGACACUACAAUUACGUCACUGCAGUAUUAAAGAGAAAGGUUGUACAGCUCUGGUUAAAGCUCUGAAAUCAAACCCCUCACAUUUGAGAGAGCUGGAUCUGGGUUGGAAUAAACCAGGAGAGUCAGGAGUGAAGAUGCUUUCUGCUCUACUACAGGAUCCACACUGUAAACUGGAGACACUACAGCUGUGUGGUUGUGAUCUCUCCAAGGAAAACUGUGCAGCUCUUUCCUUAGCUAUCAGCUCAACCACCUCAAGUCUGAGAGAGCUGGACCUCAGUUUCAAUAAUCUGCAGGAUUCAGGAGUGACGCUGCUCUCUGCUGGACUGGAGAAUCCACACUGUAAACUGGAGAAACUGAGAUUAUGUAACUGCAGUAUUACAGAGACAGGGUGUGUAUCUCUGGUUAGAGCUCUGAAAUCAAACCCCUCACACUUGAGAGAGCUGGAUCUGGAUUGGAAUCAACCAGGAGAGUCAGGGUUGCAGAUGCUUUCUGCUCUACUGCAGGAUCCUCACUAUAAACUGGAGAAACUAGACAUCUGAAAACCACCAAUACUUGUACAUCUGUUAACCUCCUCAUAUUUGAGAUUGACCCCACAUUUGUAGAGGAACACAAGGUGCUUCUCCUCUCCCAAAGCACAUGGACUCCGGGUAACAACAUCAACCCUCUCAAACCAGUGGAAAUGUUGACAGAAUUUACUAAACUUACUCUAGAAAUCAGCACUGUAGCUGUGAGAGUGGCAGCGUCCCAACCACGUUGUUUUUUUUUAAUGCAAAAUUCACAUGGUUGCACUGGUUUAAAAAUACAAUGGGUAUGGAAAAUAUUUUACAUGGCUGUAGUUUUCCUUCUCAUGUUCAGUUAUUCUGUAUUCAGUUUGGAUUUGUUAUGUACUUUAUGUAAUGUUUUAAAAUUAUUUCAUGCAUUGUUUAUUCUUUCACCACAUUUUAAUAAUAAAAGUCUGUGGACAUUACAUGGUAA